GGGAGGUCGUCAAAAUGUUUGACAGCAUUGUCAUGGCAAUCGCUAAUCAAAUCGUGGAUUAAUCAUAGAAAUACUCGUAUGCCAAUCAAAGUCAAAACCAAAAAGUUAAAAGAAUUUAAAAUUCCAAGAUUCUUACGAGGAAACAAUGGAAACGGCAACCACAAGCCUCGAACAAUCCCCAGCAUCCCCAGUCUCUGAAAACACAGAGUUAUCAGGUUGCCUCGAACCACCAGCCACCAGCAACCCGCCAGACUCCGACCAAGGUUCAGACGAGUUCAAUGACGGCGACUGCGGGGAGCCACUGGUGGGACAGCGGCUGGUGUUGGACUUUACACCUACUGAAGAGGAUACUGAUUAUAUUCAACAGAAGUGCUGUGCGUUUUGGGAGUUUGUUAAUAAGCAAGCUGAGUUGGAAGGCUUAGGUGCUUUAAGUGACUCGGAAAUCUCUGAAGAGAUGUCGGAUUCAGGCGACUAUGACUAUGAGUCGACUAGUGAACAACCCCAAUCCACACCGAACUUGAAAAGUAUAGAAAAAACAGCUGUUUCUAUGUUGGAGCUGGUGGAAGAGAACGGUCUGAUCGAUCGAGCCUUUGUAUCCAGACUGCCGACUUCGCACUGUAGUAUGGGACUCACUGAUUAUGCACACGAGAAGACGAACCAUGCAGCUAAGGGUGAUCAUAGUAUGGACUCUACAAAAUUGACAAUAUCUCGGAGUCAAAAGACUAAGUCUCAAAUGAUUAAACAACGCGACAGCCAGCCCGACAACGCGUCUUCUCCAUCAGUGCGAGCCAUGUGCCUGAAGCUCCAGGAGUGGGAUGAGGAGCAUCCUAAGUGUAUGGAGGCACCUGGACCCGCGCCUGACCUGCACAGUGACGUCACUCAGCCGCCGGCUGUGAAGCCUACCAAACAGUGUGGUUGUCACACUGUGUGUCGUUUGAGGAAACAGUCACAAUAAUUCGUUGGAAUUUAAUAAAAUAUAAUUCAUUAUAAUUAUUGUUAUUAAAAAGUUACUUAUCGUUAUCUGUUAUAAAGUAAUUUAAUUAG